GUCGCGUCAGUCGUUGCCGCGCCGAAUCGCGACGUUAUGCGAAUCAACCGGCAGCGCCGUGCCGCCCGACGACGCCGCCGCGACGUACCCGACUAAAAACGCGCGAAACGACGCCCCCGCCAUCCCGGGCCGUCUGCACGCUUACCACCCAUCUUAUUCGACGUACGUCUCGUUUUUGCAACGCCGCCACCCACGAUACAAUAAUGUUAUAUUAAUUUUACACGGAUGCCAGUUUUUCGAUGCCAGUUUUUACGCAUUUACGUUAUCUGAGGAUACGAUUGUUUUGCGUCUCUGCAAGGUUCGUCUCUAUAGGCCAGUAGAUAAGGAACACAGGGCCAUUGCCGAUUAAAAGUGACUCGAGUGGGGAGACCCAUACCAACGACGUUCUUCCAAGAAAAUCCUUGCGAGCGGACAAUUAGAAGAUUGGAAUUUUCAUGGUUUUCAUGGACGAAUGUCGGACCGACGUGACCCGGUCGAUUGGGGCGCCCCGUCCGGGGGUCCCCCUAUCGCCGACAGCUCCCGAGGCAGAAGGUCCUCCGGUACAGAUGGAGCCGGUCGACCUGAGUGUCAAAACACCGAUGGUGCUCCAGGUUCCCAAGUUCCCGCCACAGAAAAUGAAAAACCCACCGCCUGCGGUCAAGAUCCAAACGAAACCACCUGAUAUUCCUAAAUGCAAUGUGAUAAGUCCCCAAGACAUCAGCUUGUCCCUAGCGGCCGACGCGACAAGGUCGCUGACGUCAACCGCCGCCCUACUCGCCCUCCAAAGGAUAAAGGACGCGUCGAUAUCGCUCACAGUUACCCCCUCCCCCGGUAAAUCCAACGCGAGCAACAUCACCAACAAUAACACGAUCAACAACAACGUCUACGAAGCGGGAAAGACGACGACGAUCACGCCCGAGGUGACCAUAAGGCGGAGGAAGAUCCACCGUUGCGACGUUGCCGGAUGUCACAAGGUGUACACGAAAAGUUCGCACCUCAAAGCACACAAAAGGACGCACACCGGCGAAAAACCUUAUCAGUGUUCGUGGGACGGGUGCACCUGGAAAUUCGCAAGGUCGGACGAGCUCACUAGGCAUUACAGGAAGCACACCGGUCAGAAACCGUUCAGCUGCAACCUGUGCCAGCGCUCCUUCAGCCGAUCGGACCACUUGUCCUUGCACAUGAAACGCCACUGACAGUUUUACCGAUGAGUUUAGCGAACAAUUAAAUAUAGUAGGCGAUGUUUUUUUUACGGUGCUCUCUUUCGGAAAACGUGCAGAUUUUCGAAAAUCCUGCGCACACCGUGACGGCUUUUUUUCAUUCUCACCGCCCGUCACGAGCUGGACGCGUGUUCACGACGACGAAUGCACGAUUUUGAUAUGCAUCCAUCUGACGUGUCUAUCCCGCAGUGACAGUUGUCGACAUGCAGAGUUUUGAAACGAUAUUCCUCGAUUUGGACCGCGUUGCGACAUUUGCAUUCUCUGCGUGCUACCGUCGUGGCACUUAUUCGUUCUCAACUGCGGUAAAGUUCUAGCAUUUUGCGAUUCUUGCUCUAUUCAUUGACUUCACCAGAGUUGCUGUCAUGGCCACCUCUUUCUAUCGAACGCCGUCAAUGGCCGAAUUUAUACGAAAGAAAUUAUCGAACUGCGAACCCAAAACCAAACUAAAUUUUCAGUACUUAUGACACCAACAUUCGUAACGCCAACCGCAGUUGAGGACAACAUUUGGAGAAUAUGCGACACUAUAACCGGCCCACAACACAUUCUUUGUUCCUUGGUUCAGGGACUGCCAAAACCAACCGCCCCUGACAGUGCUGCCAACUUACAAUAAGCGAAGAUCUAACUCUUGAACGACUAUAAUUAUUCUAAACUAAUCUUAUCGACUUUCGUUCAUUCCAGUUUGAAAAUGUGCACAGUUUUUUACAAAGAGCACUGUUACACGUGACGAUUUCUAAAUAUUCUAAUAUUCAAAAAUGUCAAAUAAACGGGAAAUUCUGCAGUUAUUUUGCCAAAACAUCCCUUUGACUACGUUUUUUUCCGACACGGUGGUCAUUCUAAAUACUCUCAAUAAGUUUUCGCGAAAAAGGUUGCAAUCGGUUGUUAGUGCUGAACCCCGUAUAUGACGUCUGCGAUAAUCAUAUAUAAAUUUACAACAUGGAUUUACGUAAUUCAAAGAAAUGUGCUAAAAACAGCAAUCAAUGAUGAAAUGUUGUACGUGUAUGAUAUUUUUUAUACAUUCCUAUAAAUAAUUUCAAUAUUGUGUAGAUUUUAAGUGAUCGGAACAUGGUGCCAGUAGCGAUGUCAAAACAGUAUAGUUUUGUAAAUUAAUAGAGAAUUUUUUUAGCGUUAGUUUCUAGCUCGUAAAGUCUUCCGUACAAGAAUAGGCCCAGUAUAUUUUGUAUACCAAAAAUAUGUACAUCAGUAAAUUCGCCCUGAACGAUAACAAUAUAAAAGUGUGAUACAAAUAUUUGUAAAGUAUAUAUUUAUUAUCAAACAAAGAAGCGCUUGUAAAAAUUGUACAGAAAUUUUGAAAUCGUUGUUAUUUCGGAUCGAAUACUUUUAUAGAACAGGUUAAGGUUUGGCACGCAACCCCAAUUGACAUCAAUAUGGGAGCUAAUAAACCAUAGAUUAUGGAAUUUGGAUUAAACUCUGGGGACACAAAUUACAUUAACCAAAUCUGUAUUACUGUAAGAAUGUAAGGUAAUACAAGAUUAUUUUUUUAUUUGCUAUUUGUAUGCCACCAAAUUUUUUAAUAGACAAUUUUUAUAAAAAGUCCCUAUAGACAAACAUCCCUACAUAAGUGCAAUUACCGUUUUGUAUUCUUAAGUGUAUUAUUAUUUCUAGGAGUUAAUAUGUUAAUUUCCUUAAAUGAAAGUAGGGCGCCACCGAUACGAUAAAUAUCACCAGAGUCAGAAAAAUGACCACAAUUUAGGCGUUCCCUUUUUUACUCUUAAUAUUUAGAUUAAAUAUUUUUUAACGCAUUGCCAGUAAAUGGGCCAGUAUAUAGUAAUACAACCAUGUACCUAUUAAAAAUUAUAGUUUUAUGGUAAUUCUAGAAUGAUUUUAAUAUUGCGUCUGCCUGAAAUUUUGAUGAACUAUCAGUUAAUUUAAGUGAUACAAGACCCUCCAAAAAGGCAAACAAAUAACAUUUAUAAUUGAGCUUAUGCAACAACAAAAAUCAUAAUUUUUGGCAUCAGUAAAACAUAAAAGUUCCCUUCUACCCUAUAAAAUGUUCAUUUAGUUAAGAUUUUAAAUAAUUUGGAUCUCCGUUAGUUUUGGUUAGUUAGUUUAUAGCUUAUUAUUGUAAAUUUUUUUGUAUAUUUCAUGUAUUGGGCAUUUCUGUUAUAGCGUGUUUAAAACACAAAUAAUUUUUGUUUUGAAAAAGAAUUUAUGGUGCAUCCUAGGGAAUUAUAAUAUAUUUAUUAAUGUUAAAUGUUUAAGUUGUUUAUAUAAAUAUAUGGAAGGGUUUUCAA